CUCGAUCAAUAUUCGUGGCCAUAUCUCCUACCUAUACCUGUCGCGUUAAGCAUCCAGCUGUUAGUUCCGUCUCCGUCUCUUGCCACUCCCAAUAGCCUAAACAAUUAAUCCACACCACUGUCAAUCGAUACAGACAGUAUUUAAUGGAAUCGACCUUUACUGGAUAAAAUUUCCCCUUUUGGAAAAUCAAAGAAAAUGGAAAACGGUAAAUGGAUAGCUACGGUGGCGAGCAUAUGGAUCCAAUGCAGCUGCGGCGCCUCCUACGCCUUCGGUAUCUACUCCCCCGCCCUCAAAUCCAGCCAAGGUUACGAUCAAUCGACUCUCGACACCGUCUCCGUCUUCAAAGACAUCGGUGCUAAUAUCGGAGUUUUAUCCGGUCUCCUCUACCACGCCGUCACCAAUAACCACCGCGAUUCAACGCCGCCGUCGUCUCGUUUCGGAUCCGGACUUUCGCUCGUCUACUUGGCUGGAGCGAUUCAGUGCUUCGCCGGUUACUUCCUUAUGUGGUUAUCCGUUACCGGAGUUAUCGAUAGGCCGCAUGUCCUGUUCAUGUGCCUCUUCAUGUUCAUGGCGGCACACGCACAGACCUUCUUCAACACUGCAAAUGUCGUCGUCGCCGUCCGAAACUUUCCCGAUUACGGUGGAACAACCGUCGGCAUUAUGAAGGGGUUUCUUGGAUUAAGCGGAGCUAUACUUAUUCAGAUCUACCAAACUCUGUUAGAUGGCAAACCAACAACCUUCUUACUGAUGCUUGCUUUGUUUCCAACCAUCGUCUCUCUACUAUUCAUGAAUUUCGUUCACGAAAACCCCUCAAACACAACUCACGACAAACACCAUCUAAACAACUUCUCACUAAUCGCACUUGCCAUAGCCACAUACCUAAUGAUCAUCCUCAUCUUCCAAAACAUCUUCAUCUUCCCAUCAUGGGCUCACUUCCUCACAACCAUCAUUCUUCUCAUUCUCAUCUCCUCACCUCUUCAAAUCGCACUCACAGCUCAAAGAAACGAACAAGAGGAAUCAUCAACUUCACCAACAACAACCCCAUUGAUUGUAGCUUCAGAAGCUCAGGUGGAUUCACAUUCACCAGUAGUUGAAAUGAACCUGAUACAAGCAAUGAGCACAGUCAACUUCUGGCUCUUAUUUCUAGCCAUGAUUUGUGCAAUGGGAUCAGGGUUAGCGACAAUCAACAACAUAUCUCAAAUAGGCGAGUCUCUUAACUACUCAAAAGUUAAGAUCAACACAAUGGUGUCUCUAUGGAGUAUAUGGAACUUUCUAGGAAGAUUCGGAGGUGGAUUUGUGUCUGAUUUGAUUUUACACAAAUACAGCUGGGGGAGACCACUGUUCAUCUCUCUUACACUAGCAGCAAUGGUGAUUGGCCAUUUGAUCAUAGCAUUAGGUGGGAGUUUAUACUUUGGUUCAGUGAUUGUAGGAGUUUGCUAUGGAGCACAGUGGUCUUUAAUGCCUACGAUUACUUCUGAAAUAUUUGGGGUGAAACAUAUGGGGACGAUUUUUAACACUAUAGCUGCAGCUAAUCCUGUUGGGUCUUAUAUAUUUUCUGUGAGAGUGAUUGGAAGUAUUUAUGAUAAAGAAGCAAGAGAAGAAGGGGGAUUGUGUUUUGGGACUCAUUGCUUUAUGGUUUCGUUUUUUGUGUUUGCUGGGGUUUGUGUUUUUGGGAUGUUUGUUUCAUUGGUGUUGUUUUUUAGGACAAAGGGGUUUUAUGUGUUGCUUAUGGAAAGAAGGUCGAAGCACCUUGAGUAAUAUGACCCGAGAAGAUAUUUGAAUUGUACAAGAGUUUUGAGUAUUUGUACAAUUGUUUAUAGAUUUGUGUUAAAUACAAAAUAUCUGUAAAUGGCGAGUAAAAUCAUUUGGGCAAGUUGAAAUAUGUAAAGUUUUAAGGAUUGUUUUUGAGUUUAUUCAUUAAAGGGGAAUGACUGAAUAAAUAUUAAAUAGUUAUUGCUAUUUAAUUUAUGUAACUAUUCAUUUUUUAAUAUCGUUUGAUGGUGUAAUUUGCACGAGAUCUUAAAUCAACGAGUUGGCUGUGUCUUUCUUACUUUACUUUAAGUAUUCAUUUUUUUAUUUUUUUUAGUCGGAUAUGUUAUUUGUAAGCAACUAAAACUGUCGAUCAUCUUGUUAAAUUAUGUUAUAGAUAUAUUCAAUCUGAACAAUGAAAUAUAUUCAAUCUGAACAAUUAAAUUAUGUUUUUAACAUGUCCUACAAUCCUAAUUACCAAAAAUCAAGAGUGGAUGCUGCUGAAUUAUUUUGGUUAUUGCAGAUUUGUUGAGGGACUGAAGUGGAAUAAGUCUGAAGUUUUGUGGGUUGUCUUGAAGAUAAUUGUGGUUGAGCAAGAUUUAUUGCAAAGAGUACAACACAAGAAAGCAUGGAUACAUUAAAGGCUUUUAAAUGAAGGUCAAGUAACUCGUGUAUAUUUCGUCCCAUAUCGGUUACAAAUAAGUUUUCUCUAUUGUCUUCUAGAAUAUAUAUACAGAGCUUAUUACAUUGAGAAAAAAAGAAGAAUCGGGUACAUUUGCUAUCAUAUCAUAUUUAGAAAUUCUACAGAGUAUAUGUUGCCUUCUUGCUGUUCGCUAUAUAAACACAGAAAUGUGACUGUUGAUUUGUUAGGUUAGUGUGAUUUGGAUAAGAUUAGAGUGAGGA